AUGGUGAGCCGCUGCCGUUUUAAUCAGAUUAGUGGGGGCGGGGUUAGGGUUCAAGCCAGCAACGUCUCCUCCACCGCAACUUUCCACGAGAACUGGGAGAACACCAAAAUGUCUCAAUCUCUCCGCCCAUAUCUAAAAUGCGUUCGCUCCUCCCUGACCGCCGCGAUAACCCUCAGCAACUUCGCCAGCCAAACCGCGGAACGUCACAACGUUCCGGAAAUCGAAGCUGCGAAAUCCCCCGAGGUUCUCCUGAACCCCCUCACCGUAUCCCGAAACGAGAACGAACGCGUGUUGAUAGAGCCGAGCGUGAAUUCUAUCCGCGUGAGCAUCAAGAUCAAGCAGGCGGACGAAAUCGAGCAUAUCCUGGUCCAUAAAUUUACCAGGUUCCUAACCCAGAGGGCGGAGAAUUUCUUCAUUUUGAGGAGGAAGGCUGUGAGAGGGUAUGAUAUCUCGUUCUUGAUCACAAAUUUCCAUACGGAGGAUAUGCUUAAACACAAAUUGGUUGAUUUUAUUGUUCACUUUAUGGAGGAGGUUGAUAAAGAGAUAUCAGAGAUGAAAUUAUUUUUGAAUGCAAGAGCCCGUUUCGUUGCAGAGGCCUUUUUAACCCCAUUCGACUAAGUGGAUCUUUAAAUGUCGUGAUUUCAUUUGUUUCCUACUUUUUAAACGGUGGGUGAUAGUACGUUGGGAAUAUACCUAACAGAACAAAAAAUGGCCUGAUUAAAGUUCUGCUAGUUCCCCAAUGUUUUCUUGAGAUAUGGGGAAUGUUAUGCAGAAGUCAAACAUAGCAUUGCGGCAUAGAGGUUUUCUGGAGUCCCAUUUGGGUUGUUUCCAGGGAAAAAAUUUGAAGUUCAGCUCAG